AAUUCUUCUGCUGGAACUACAACUACCAAGAUGCGCUGCAGUGAACGCGGGUGUGUAAACACAACUCUAGGAAACAUGAAACGGUCGGGUGGCAGUGAGAGCGAGAAGAGAAGAAAGAGGCGCAGGCUGCUGCAGGAGCUAGGAGACCAGCGCAUCCCCUACCUCGGGCCCUCAGACCAUGGCUUCCAACAGCUGUGGGAGACUAGUUACUCUGGCCUGGCUCUGCGGCGGUCCUGCUCCCUGCCUGAGGAGCUCCAUGGUCGGGUGGAGGCUGCUCUGUUCACCCUGCGGCGGAGGGGCUGUUUCCUGAGGGACCUGGUGAAGGUGAGGGACCGAGACGUCUUCACCUCCGUGUCCCGGGUGCUGCUGGGUCAGCCAGGAACCACCUACCGCUAUCUGGACACGCGGCUCUUCACCAUCCCCUGGCACACAGACGAGCAGAUAGGGACCUGCUGCGACCCAGACCUCAGCGGCGCCUGCAAAGCACUCUGGGAGCUCAACUGCUUCUUUUGCUCUGAUGUCGGAGACAGGAAGGAGGGGGAUGUUUUCAAGCAGUGCAGGAAAGUGUUGGUUGGUGCUAUAGAGUCUAAACCCAGUGUAGAAGGAGACACAGAGUCUAAAGAUAGUGAGGAGUCCAAACCCAGUGACGAUGGAGGAGACUCGGAGUCCAAGCAGAGUGAGGAAGGAGAGACUGAGUCAAAGCACAGCGACGAUUGGGACAUAGAGUCAAAACACAGUGAAGAGGAAGGCUCAUCGUCCAAACAGGAUGCAGCAUGGGAGUCAAGACACGGCGACGAGAUGGGAGACAUGAAGACUAAACAAACUGAAUUGGGGAGUCCAACGGCGUCAAAACAACACAGUGAGGGAAAACACACAGGCUGGAAGCACAGGCCAACUGGCAGCACAGAGACAGAGACCACAGACCUAGGCACUCAGGAGAAGCCUGUGGCUGAGCUAAAACACAGUCUCUCUGGGUACCACAUUGAAGAUGAAGACCAGCAGAGUGGCCAGGGAUGCUCUAACCUCAACCCUGCUAAGCCAUCCUGUCCUGGCCCGACCCAGUUCAACGUCACCCUGCUCAACUACAUGGACCCAUCAGCUAUGAGCCAGCUGAAAGAAGAGCCAUAUUAUGGGAUGGGUAAGAUGGCUGUGGGCUGGCACCAUGAUGAGAACCUGGUCAGCUUAUCUCCUGUGGCCGUCUACAGCUACAGCUGUCAUGACGACAAAGCAGGUGUGAGCUCGGAGGAGGGUCCUGCAGAGAAGGGCUGCUGGAGGAUUGGUCUAAAGGUGGCCUGGGACAUCCACACUCCUGGACUGACCCUCCCACUGCAGUCCGGAGACUCCUACUACCUUAGAGAUGACCUGAACAGGACCCAUCAGCACUGUGUUCUGGCUGGAGACUCAGCUCGCUUCAGCUCUACACACAGAGUGGCGGAGUGUUCCACCGGGACCCUGGAAUACAUCCAGUCCCGCUGCCGGGAGGCCCUGUCUAACCUGAGCACAGACCCAGAAACAGGGACCCACUGCCUGCUGUCUCUGCUGCCAGCUACCCUGCAAGGCUACGAGGAGAUACACAACGAGGUGGAGUUUGAGUGGCUGAGGCAGUACUGGUUCCAGGGCCAGCGUUACACCCGGUUCUGCAGCUGGUGGGCCAGACCCAUGGAGCAGCUGGAGAAUGACUGGAGAGAGAUGGAGCUCAUGACGCAACUCUUACUGGCAGCGGUAGAGGAAGAGGGACAACCGGAGGAGGGCAGGAGAGAGAUGGCAGAGACCCUGCUAACUGCCCUGACAGACAGACAGCAGCACAGACAGACCUGGAGAGACAGGUGCCAUUCCAGCCUGGCCCAGACCCUGCCCCCAGAAGAGGCCCCCGUUGACCGGCCGUUUUGGUCCGACGGUGACCCCAGCAUGCCUCUGCCCUUUGACCUAGCUGACAUAAUCAACAGGGUGGAGUCACUCCUCUGGAGGAUGUGACGGAUGGGACACAAAGUAAAGAGAAGGAGAAAGAGAGCGAGAGAGUCACCCCGUCAUCUGAACAGCCUCUAUCGUGAGGACAGACGACAGAGGAGGAGAACAGGACCUACCAACUCCUGAUGGUGUCAACGUCCUCCAAUGGGGGUAGACUUCCCCACCCCAGCCCACCCUGGACCCCUCCCAACCCUGUACCUCGCCCCACCCCGCCCAAACCAGUCUCAUCUAGCUUUGCUUGGAUUGACUCAACAUGGCUGCAACAUGAGGAUGGAACCCUGAGUAGUGCUUUGCUAACAUGCUAUAGCUGGUAUUGGAACUAGACUCACAAUGGUAACGUGGAUAACCUGCAGAAUUAAAAUUGAAUGUGUAGGAAUGUAUUAUUUCAAUCAAUGUUCUGUUUGUUUUCUACAUUUAACCAGCUUUGUGUAUGGAUAUGACAAAUAGUCAUACAGAUGUAGGAUCUUCAUUUUACCAGACAUUUUUGUAGGGGUUGAAAUUUCCUGCAACAACAGGGUGAUCAAAUUAAAAUCCUAUAUCUGUAGUACAUUUAUACUUUCUGUUUCUAACUCAAUGUUGCUCUAAUUAUACUGUUGUAUCCUAAUGUCCAUUCACUUCCUGUAUUUCACAACUUUCUUGUUCAGAAUCUCCCAGGGCAUGACUUUGUGUUACUAAGAUGUGACUGACUCUGUGUGUGUGUGUGUGUGUGUGUGUGUGUGUGUGUGUGUGUGUGUGUGUGUGUGUGUGUGUGUGUGUGUGUGUGUGUGUGUGUGUGUGUGUGUGUGUGUGUGUGUGUGUGUGUGUGUGUGUGUGUGUGUGUGUGUGGUUGAAUGUGUGUGUGUGGUUGAAUGUGUGCCACUGCAGUAUUUACAGUAUGUGAUAUUGUAUAUGUGUGAAGCAGUAUGAUAGGGAUAAGGCCUGUAGCAGGGCUGGGAGAUGUUUGUGUUAGAGAGGAAAGGACAUGAGAGUCUAGUAGGCAGGUCUCUGUCUGCAGGCAUGUCUCUAGUCUGCUCUGUAGGGCUGAAAGGCAGCCCAGGCAGACAAGCUAAUGUAGGGCUGAAAGGCAGCCCAGGCAGACAGCUACUGUAGGGCUGAAAGGCAGCCCAGGCAGACAGCUACUGUAGGGCUGAAAGGCAGCCCAGACAGACAGCUACUGUAGGGCUGAAAGGUAGCCCAGGCAGACAGUUUAUGUAGGGCUGAAAGGCAGACCAGGCAGACAGCUACUGUAGGGCUGAAAGGCAGCCCAGGCAGACAGCUACUGUAGGGCUGAAAGGCAGCUCAGGCAGACAGCUACUGUAGGGCUGAAAGGCAGCCCAGACAGACAGCUACUGUAGGGCUGAAAUGCAGCCCAGGCAGACAGUUUAUGUAGGGCUGAAAGGCAGCCCAGGCAGACAGCUACUGUAGGGAUGAAAGGCAGCCCAGGCAGACAGCUACUGUAGGGCUGAAAGUCUGCCCAGGCAGACAGUUUGUGUAGGGCUGAAA